CGCAUGCGCACUGCUCUCUCUCUCUCUCUCUCUCUCUCAUACACUGUCUCGGCUCUUCACAUUCCCACAUUGAAGUGCCAAGAAAAGAAUCUUACAUUGAUUCAUCGCAUCGGGCAGCAUGGCAUCUGGUGUCACGGUCAAUGAUGAAGUCAUCAAAGUCUUUAAUGACAUGAAAGUACGGAAGUCCUCGACCUCAGACGAGGUGAAGAAGCGCAAGAAGGCGGUGCUGUUCUGUCUCAGCGAAGACAAGAAGAAGAUCAUCGUCGAGGAGGGCAAGCAUAUCCUAGUUGGAGAAAUCGGAGACACUGUCGAGGACCCCUACGCCUGCUUUGUGAAGCUUCUACCUCUCAAUGAUUGCAGAUAUUGCUUAUAUGAUGCCACCUAUGAGACUAAAGAGUCCAAGAAAGAAGACUUGGUAUUUGUAUUUUGGGCUCCUGAAGGUGCGCCAUUGAAAAGCAAGAUGAUAUAUGCUAGCUCAAAAGAUGCUAUUAAGAAGAAGUUUACAGGUAUCAAGCAUGAAUGGCAGGUUAAUGGUUUAGACGACAUUCAGGACCGCUCAACCUUGGCAGAAAAGUUGGGAGGAAGCGUGGUGAUAUCGCUGGAGGGCAGACCAUUGUAAACUGAACAGCCAUGUGCCAUCUGGAUUCCACGCUUUCAUCUUAGCAGCAGUCUCAUUUGAACCUGAAGGAAAUAGUCCUAUUAGUCCCUUUGUUUUUAUUCCUUUUUUUGUUGUUCCACAGGAGAUCUCAUUAACAAAAUGCAAAAAAAUCUACCAGUAUAUCGCCAGCUUACUUUUUCACUCCCUGGUAGUUUUUGUACAUCCCCAAAGAAUGUUCCCUCUCUGCGUGUUUUGCCAAAUGACACUAGCAGCUCAGAUGAUGGCAUAUUAACAGUGCUACGACAGCACAAACUCAAUUUAUAUCUUUAUGAUGAUGUAUUUAUAGAGAUAUUCUCUUGUACUGCAUACAGGAUGACAAUAUACUGCUUGUUAAUGCGUCACAGCAAUGCAUUAACCAGUAACAAGCACUUUACAAGUCGCAAGUAAAGUAUUUAUUUGAACUCUUCUACCUAAUCUGGCUCCUCUGACAUGGCAAACCCGUUAAAAAGCACUUUUCGUUUUUACACAACCAAUUGAAGGAGGACUUGGGAAUUUCUGUGUCUCUCGAUCGAAAUAGAGGUUUUCAGUUUUCAUUCCUGCUAUGCAUAUGGACAUAAACUUUUCCAUCGCAGCAUUUGUUUCAAGUACAUUCAGAAGGUUCACCGCGGUAUGCGAAGGCCAAGCUGCUUUGAAUUUUUUAACACUACAAGGGAAUACAUAUUAUCUGUAAAGAUGGCAAUAUUUGCAGCCUGAAGUGAAAUGUUGUUAUUGAGAUCAAGGAAGUUGCCACUUUGAAUAAAAUCUUGUGGCGGA